AUGCCGAAGGAGCAGUUCAGAGAGACGGACGUGGCCAAGAAAAUAAGCCACAUUUGCUUUGGAGUGAAAUCAGCUGAUCAAAUGCGUCAGCAGGCCCACAUUCAGGUGGUCAGCAAGAAUCUGUACAGCCAGGACACAAAACAUUCGCCGCUGCCUUAUGGAGUUUUGGAUCACCGCAUGGGGACCAGCGAGAAAGACCGGCCCUGUUUAACAUGUGGGAAAAAUCUGGCCGAUUGCGUGGGACACUACGGCUACCUGGAUCUGGAGCUUCCGUGUUUUCACGUUGGAUACUUCAAAGCCACCAUAGGAAUCUUACAGAUGGUUUGCAAAACGUGCUCGAACAUCCUGCUGAGCAAAGAGGACAAGCUGCAGUUCAUGGACAUGGUGAAAAGGCCCAAUUUGGCCUACUUACAGAAGCGAGGGCUGAAGAAGAAGAUCUCCGACAAAUGCCGCAAAAAAAGCGUGUGUCCCAAUUGUUCGGCGUUCAAUGGCAUGGUGAAGAAGUGCGGCCUGCUGAAGAUCAUCCACGAGAAGUACAAAACCACCAAGAAGGUCGUGGAGCCUUUCGUGUCUGAGUUCCUGCAGUCCUUUGACGAGGCCAUCGAGCACAACAAACUCAUGGAGCCUCUUUUGGCACGGGCGCAGGAAAACCUCAACCCUGUGGUGGUGCUGAACAUCUUCAAGCGCAUUCCCAUCGAGGACGUGCCGCUGCUGCUGAUGAAUCCCGAGGCAGGCACGCCGGCCGACCUCAUCCUCACUCGCCUGCUGGUGCCCCCGCUCUGCAUCCGGCCUUCUGUGGUCAGCGACCUCAAGUCAGGCACCAACGAGGACGACCUCACCAUGAAGCUCACCGAGAUCAUCUUUCUCAAUGACGUCAUCAGAAAGCAUCGCAUGACGGGCGCCAAGACGCAGAUGAUUAUGGAGGACUGGGACUUCCUGCAGCUGCAGUGCGCGCUCUACAUAAACAGCGAGUUAUCGGGCAUCCCGCUUAACAUGGCGCCCAGGAAGUGGACCAGAGGCCUGGUGCAGAGACUCAAGGGCAAGCAAGGUCGUUUCCGAGGCAACCUUUCGGGCAAAAGGGUGGACUUUUCCGCCCGUACCGUCAUUUCCCCCGACCCCAACCUGAGAAUCGAUGAAGUGGGCGUACCCGUGCAUGUGGCCAAAAUCCUGACCUAUCCGGAGAAGGUGAACAAAGCCAACUUGGAGCUCAUGAGGAAACUGGUCCGCAACGGCCCAGAUGUUCACCCCGGGGCCAACUUUAUCCAAGAUCGACGCAACAAAAUGAAAAGGUUCUUAAAAUACGGCAACCGGGAGAAGAUUGCGCAGGAGCUGCGCUUCGGCGAUGUGGUGGAGAGGCACAUGAUCGACGGAGACAUCGUCCUUUUCAAUCGGCAGCCCUCGCUGCACAAGCUCAGCAUCAUGGCUCACAUUGCCCGAGUCAAGCCGCACAGGACGUUUCGCUUCAACGAAUGCGUCUGCACACCGUACAAUGCUGAUUUUGACGGCGACGAAAUGAACCUGCACCUGCCUCAGACCGAGGAGGCCAAAGCUGAGGCUCUCAUCCUCAUGGGGACAAAAGCUAAUCUUGUCACACCAAGAAAUGGCGAGCCGCUGAUUGCUGCUAUUCAGGACUUCCUGACAGCGGGCUAUCUUCUGACACUGAAGGACACCUUCUUUGACCGAUCCAAAACGUGUCAGAUCGCGGCGUCCAUCCUCGUCGGCCAGGACGAAAAACUCAAGAUCACGUUGCCUCGCCCGUCCAUAAUGAAGCCCAUGGCCCUGUGGACGGGCAAGCAGAUAUUCAGCCUCAUCCUGAGGCCAAACAAAGACUGUCCCGUCAAGGCCAACCUGCGCACCAAGGGCAAGCAGUACUGCGGCAAAGGCGAGGACCUGUGCCACAACGACUCCUUCGUGGUCAUCCACAACAGCGAACUGAUGUGUGGCAGCCUGGACAAGAGCACCUUGGGUUCGGGCUCCAAGAACAAUAUCUUCUACAUCCUGCUGAGAGACUGGGGAGAGCUGGAGGCGGCAAACGCCAUGUCUCGCCUGGCACGACUCGCCCCUGCCUAUCUUUCUAACCGAGGCUUUUCCAUCGGUAUCGGGGACGUGACGCCCGGCCAGGGUUUACUGAAGGCCAAGCAGGACCUGCUGGAUGACGGCUAUCACAAAUGUGAUGAGUACAUCGAAGCCCUGAAGACGGGCAAGCUGCAGCAACAGCCUGGCUGCACAGCUGAGGAGACGUUGGAGGCGCUUAUCUUGAGAGAGCUGUCAGUCAUCAGAGACCGUGCUGGCAGUGCCUGCCUCAGGGAGCUGGACAAGAGCAACAGUCCUCUGACCAUGGCUCUUUGUGGCUCCAAAGGAUCUUUUAUUAACAUCUCUCAAAUGAUUGCCUGCGUGGGCCAGCAGGCCAUAAGUGGAUCUCGAGUACCUGAUGGUUUUGAAAAUCGCUCCCUGCCUCACUUUGAAAAGCACUCGAAAUUGCCCGCUGCAAAAGGCUUUGUGGCCAACAGCUUCUACUCUGGUCUGACACCCACCGAGUUCUUCUUCCACACAAUGGCCGGCCGUGAGGGCCUGGUGGACACGGCUGUGAAAACCGCAGAGACUGGCUACAUGCAGCGCCGUUUGGUGAAGUCCCUGGAAGAUUUGUGCUCCCAGUACGACCAUACGGUGCGAAGCUCCACUGGCGAUAUCAUCCAAUUCAUCUACGGCGGUGACGGGCUGGACCCCACCUACAUGGAGGGCAAGGAUGAACCGCUGGAGUUCAAGAGGGACCUAGACAACAUCCGGGCUGUCCACACGUGUCCAGACGAGCCCACCCUCAGCCAGGGCGAGCUGGUUCUGGCAGCAGAUGCUAUCAUCAAGAAAGCCGACUUUAUGUGCUGCAGAGACAGCUUCUUGGAGGCGCUAACUGAGACAGGCUCAGAGAAGUACCUGCAGGCAGUCAAGAAAUUCAUCAAGGGCGUCUCAGAGCGGAUCAAGAAGACACGAGACAAGUACGGCAUCAACGACAACGGCACCAGCGAGCCGGGGGUCCUCUAUCAACUGGACCGCAUUACACCUACGCAGCUAAAGAAAUUUUUGGAAACCUGCAGGAACAAAUACAUGAGAGCGCAGAUGGAACCGGGCUCGGCUGUGGGGGCCCUGUGUGCCCAAAGCAUCGGAGAGCCCGGAACGCAGAUGACCCUGAAGACCUUCCACUUUGCCGGUGUGGCGUCCAUGAACAUCACUCUUGGCGUCCCUCGCAUCAAGGAGAUCAUCAACGCCUCGAAGAACAUCAGCACGCCGAUCAUCACCGCGCAUUUGGACAUUGAGAACGAUGCCGACUUUGCCCGGCUGGUGAAAGGGAGGAUUGAGAAAACGCUCCUGGGCGAGAUUUCCGAAUACAUCGAAGAGGUUUUCCUACCAGAUGACUGUUUCAUCUUGGUCAAAUUGUCCCUAGAGCGAAUAAGGCUGCUUCGAUUGGAGGUGAACGCCGAGACUGUGCGUUACUCCAUCUGCACGUCGAAGCUGCGCGUGAAGCCGGGAGACGUUGCCGUGCACGGCGAGGCUGUGGUGUGCGUGUCGCCACGGGAAAACAACAAAAGUUCCAUGUACUACGUCAUGCAGUCGCUUAAGGCCGAGCUUCCCAAGGUGGUGGUUCAAGGUAUACCCGAGGUGGCCCGUGCUGUCAUUCACAUCGACGAGCAGAGCGGCAAGCACAAGUACAAGUUGCUGGUGGAGGGUGAUAAUCUACGAGCUGUCAUGGCAACCCACGGCGUGAAUGGAAGCAGGACCACUUCCAACAACAUCUAUGAGGUGGAGAAGACGCUGGGAAUUGAGGCGUCCAGGGCAACAAUCAUCAACGAGAUCCAGUACACAAUGGUCAACCACGGGAUGAGUAUCGACCGGCGCCACGUCAUGCUUCUUGCCGACCUCAUGUCCUACAAGGGGGAGAUACUUGGAAUCACCAGGUUCGGCUUGGCCAAAAUGAAGGAGAGCGUUCUCAUGCUGGCAUCCUUUGAGAAAACGGCCGACCAUCUUUUUGACGCCGCCUACUUUGGCCAGAAGGACUCCGUCUGCGGCGUGUCCGAAUGCAUCAUCACGGGCAGUCCCAUGAACAUCGGCACGGGCCUAUUUAAACUACUGCUCAAGGCGGACAGGGACCCCUCCCCGCCGAAAAGGCCCCUGCUGUUUGACAACCCCGACUAUCACCUACCUCUCUUCUCGUAA